GUCUGCGUGGCGUGCCGAGCAUGCGUCGACAGGGGUAUAGUGUAAUCAUUCUGUGACCAGGUAGUACUCUAUAUAAAAUUAAGUCGCACAUGUGCAGCAAGAGGUCAUCCAGGACCCAGGAAGGCAGGAACUGAACGUGCAAGCUGCAAUGCUGUUGUGCAUGUUCAAAUAUUUACAAGUAAUGACACCAAGAUGCUGCUAGAGAAUAUACAGAACAAAGACAAGGAAACCCCGACAAAUGGCACUCGGCAUGUUUGGCGUCCUGUUGCUAUGCGGAGUGCUUUGCUCCUCAGCUAUUAGUCCAUUUAAAGAGCACCUCAAGGCAUGCCACCCAGACUGCACAAAGUUUGGGAAUUGCAACGGCGAGACGGGGCAGUGUGACUGCCCCUUCGGGCUCACAGGCCCGUCCUGCCAGGAGCGGCUGUUCCCGGCCUGCCACGUCAGCAAGGACCCCGGCACAUUGCCGCACUACGGCACCUGGUACCCCAAGAACUGCGAGUGCAUCAAGCAGCUGCACGCCUGGCCGGGCUCCUGCCCCGAGCACCUGCACUACGAGGGCACGGGCGUGUCGGGCGCCAGUCCCUGCUUCUACGACCUGGUCCUGGCGCACAGGUUCCUGUGCUACCGCUACCAGGGCCGCGCCCCCGCGGACCAGCUGUCCGACUCGCCGGCGCUCAACGCCAGCGGCGUGGACUGGUUCCACGCCACCGGGCACACGGCGCGACACAGCCCGCCGCAGGAGGCGCAGCUGCCGCCCGAGCAGGUGCCGCAGGAGUACAAGACCCCCGACGGCGGCCAGUGGCGGCCGCUGAGCGAGUGCCCGGACCGCUGCAACAACCGCGGCUGGUGCCAGAUCCAGGGAAGCAACUACCAGGGGCGGCACUACGACGCGGCGGAGCGCUGGUGCAACUGCCAGGGCUACUUCCGCGGCAACAGCUGCGAGGUGGCGGACACGCAGCACUGCUACCGCGGCUGCAGCGGCGUGGGCGACGGCGUGGGCGAGUGCGUGGGCGGCUGGUGUCACUGCAAGCCGGGGUACUGGGGCCACGGCUGCACGCGCACCAAGGCCUACAGCAGCAGCGUGGGCUGGCGGCCCAAUCACGCCAAGAUCAAAGUGUAUGUGUAUGAUCUGCCGAGUAAUGUGGUGCACCGCCGAGAAUUCCACGACCAAUGGUCGCUCAUUGACCUGAUGUACAAUGCGGAGCUGGAGUUCACGGAGCUGCUGUUGGGCGACUGGGGGGUGCGCACAGAAAACCCCUGGGAAGCCGCGCUGUUCUACGUGCCCACCUUCACGUACUGGUACACGGGCAACGUGGGCCACCCCUACUUUGUCAUCCAGCAUGCCACCAAGUGGCUCCAAGAGAACUCGCCCUUCUUCAACCUCACUGGCGGCCGCAACCACAUCUUCUGGGCCACCAACGACCGCGGGGUGUGCAAGCUGCAGAUGGCGCCGCCGGAGAUGCAGCACUCCAUAAAGCUGGUUCACUUCGGCCAGUCGCCGCGGCGGCCAUACGCCGCCCGCAUGAAGGUGGGCCAGACGACCGACCCCACCGCACACCUGGCGCUGCGCGGCGCCCUGCCCCAGCCCGGCACGCGCUUCCCGGAGUUCCCGGCCGAAUUCACGGCCAUGGACAUCCUGGAGGAGAGCGAGAUAUGCAUACGGCCUGAAAAGGACGUGGUGACCCCCAACUACAUCAUGCCAACCUGGGUGGAGCCACACAACUACAACCAGGUGUGGAACGUGACGCAGCUGCCCGACGGCACGCGGCAGGUGACACGCAAGCGCGGGCCGGACGUCCCCGUGCGCAACCUCACCCUCUACUUUGCCGGCUUCACCAAGCCCCAGAUGUCGUACAGCCAGGGUGUACGGCAGCUGAUUCACAAGCUGUUCGGUCCGGGCGGGAAGUACGACCCCAAGGGCCCCAACGCGCGGCCCGACUACAAGGUCGGAGGUCCGGGAGGCGGUGAGGCCGCCACCUACAUGCAGCAGUCCCGGUUCUGCCUGGCGCCCAUGGGCUCGGGCUGGGGCAUUCGGCUGGUGGAGGCGAUGAUCAGCGGCUGCGUGCCCGUGAUCAUCCAGGACCACGUAUACCAGGCCCACUGGGACGUGGUGCCCUUCCCCGAGUUCUCCAUCCGCGUCGGCCGCCACGACCUGCACCGCCUGGUGGAGCUGCUGGACGACGUGGCGCCGCAGGAGCUGGAGGAGCUGCAGGCCGGCAUCGAGCGCUACCACCGGGCCUUCUUCUGGGACGCCCAGUGGGGCGGCCUCGCCUACAACUACACGAUACAGGCGCUCAAGCAGCGCGCGCACAGCAUGUGGAGCGCAAACUACAGGCGGCGGCGGAGAGCGCAGCAGCGACGCCGGCUGUUCAGUGUGGGGCGGAGGUCGCGGCAUGGGUGGUGAUUGGUUGGGGCUGGAGGUGGGCGUUUGUGGCGGCGGGAUCGGCGUGGGCGCGCGGCAUGGUAGUGUGAUGCUCACAAUGUGCCAAAUGCCCUUGCAUCAAGAGCUGAGGCCUUGGCAUAGGCAGUGGCCUGUUGAUUACGUAAGGAGCUGUAAGGUUGGCUUGGUAAGGGUUAUGACGCAGAGUGGUCGGACAGAGGCUGGCGCCUGGGAAGGGAAGGGGCCCUGCACGAGGGUGGCUGGGCCCCCAGGCUGGGAUGGUGUUUUUCUGAUUCAGCACGCUUUAAUUAUGUGACUCGGGCCGCGAACCUGCGAGUCUAUGUCCGCCUUUCUGUAAAAGCGUUGCACGCUCAACAAUUUGGCACUGCGCGAGUGUAAACAGAACCCUAG